AAAGGGGAAAGCCUUUGCUGUGAUGCCGCUGGGAUGAUGGCUGCUUUCGGGAUCCUGAGUUACGAACACCGGCCACUGAAGCGGCCGAGACUCGGCCCUCCUGAUGUUUAUCCGCAAGACCCCAAACAGAAAGAGGAUGAGUUGACGGCCUUGAAUGUGAAGCAGGGAUUCAAUAACCAGCCAGCGGUGUCUGGGGACGAACACGGCAGUGCCAAGAAUGUCAACUUCAACCCCUCUAAGAUCAGUUCCAACUUCAGCAGCAUCAUUGCGGAGAAGCUGCGAUGCAACACGUUCCCUGAUACGGGAAAGAGGAAGCCGCAGGUCAACCAGAAGGACAAUUUUUGGCUGGUCACUGCAAGGUCUCAGAGCUCCAUCAACAACUGGUUUACAGACUUGGCUGGAACCAAACCACUCACUCAGCUUGCAAAGAAGGUGCCCAUCUUCAGUAAAAAGGAGGAGGUUUUUGGUUACUUGGCCAAGUACACGGUACCGGUGAUGCGUGCUGCCUGGAUGAUAAAAAUGACCUGCGCCUACCAUGCAGCCAUAACUGAAAACAAAGUGAAGAAGCGACACUUCAUUGACCCCUGUAUAGAAUGGACUCAGAUCAUCACAAAGUACCUGUGGGAGCAGCUGCAGAAGGUGGCCGAGUUCUACCGGCAGUCGUCCAGCCAGGGGUGUGGCUCCCCGCUGCCGGCCACACCCACGGAGGUGGACACCGCCAUGAAGCAGUGGGAGUACAAUGAGAAGCUGGCCAUGUUCAUGUUCCAGGACGGCAUGCUGGACAGACACGAGUUCCUGACCUGGGUGCUGGAAUGCUUCGAGAAGAUCAGACAAGGCGAGGAUGAGUUACUGAAGCUGCUGCUGCCUCUUCUGCUACAGUACUCUGGGGAGUUUGUGCAGUCUGCCUACCUGUCCAGAAGGCUGGCUUACUUCUGUACACGCCGACUCAACAUGCUGCUAAGUGAUGGGAGUGUGGGACCAGGGACUGGAGGUCACCAGCCCCAUGGCAUUUCGGCACAGCCCGGGAACGCUCUGCCGCCCACACCGACCUCCCAGCCUGCAGGGGGCGCUCAGCCCCAGACUCCCUUCACAGACUUCUACAUCUGCCCCCAGCACAGGCCUGUGGUCUUUGGGCUCAGCUGCAUGCUCCAGAGCAUAGUCCUGUGCUGUCCUAGUGCUUUGGUGUGGCACUACUCUCUCACAGACAGCAGGAACAAGACCGGCUCUCCUCUUGACCUGCUGCCCAUAGCCCCCUCCAACCUGCCCAUGCCUGGGGGCAACACUACCUUCACCCAGCAGGUGCGUGCAAAAGUGCGGGAAAUCGAGGAACAGAUAAAGGAGAGAGGGCAGGCGGUGGAGUUCAGGUGGUCUUUCGACAAGUGCCAGGAAACCACGGCUGGCUUCACGAUAGGACGGGUACUGCACACCUUGGAAGUCCUGGAUAACCACAGCUUUGAGAAGUCUGACUUCAGCAACUCCCUGGACUCCCUCUACAACAAAAUCUUUGGGUCGGGGCAGAGCAAAGAUGGGCACGAGAUGACCCCGGAUGACGACGCGGUGGUGACGCUGCUCUGCGAGUGGGCGGUGUGCUGCAAGAGGUCGGGCCGGCACAGAGCCAUGGUGGUGGCCAAGCUGCUGGAGAAGCGGCAGGCCGAGAUCGAGGCCGAGAGGUGCGGCGAGUCGGAGGUGGUGGACGAGAAGGGCUCGGUGUCCUCGGGUUCGCUCUCGGCCGCCACGCUGCCUGUCUUCCAGGACGUCCUGCUGCAGUUCCUGGACACCCAGGCGCCCAUGCUCACUGAGCCGGGGAACGAGAGCGAGCGCGUGGAGUUCUCCAACCUGGUGCUCCUGUUCUGCGAGCUCAUCCGCCACGACGUCUUCUCGCACAACAUCUACAUGUGCACGCUCAUCUCCCGCGGCGACCUGGCCUCCGACGCCCACCUGCCCCGCCCCCGCUCGCCCAGCGACGAGCCGGCCGACGAAUCGGAACGCAAGGAGCAGGAGACGGGGAGCAGCGUCAAGAUGGAGGAUACCGGUCUUUCAGAGUCUAUGGAGAUUGAUCAAAACUCAAGUGCUAACUUUGAUGAGAUGUUUUCUCCCCCGAUGCACUGUGAAUCAAAGGGCAGCCCCUCUCCAGAAAAGCCUGCCACAGAGCAGGAUGGAAAAAGCACUGCCAAGGACAAGGGCUUGGAUUCUGCCUUUCCACCGAUGUAUGAGCAGCCACGUCACAUCCAGUACGCCACCCACUUCCCCAUCCCCCAGGAGGAGAGCGCCAGUCAUGAGUGUAACCAGCGGCUGGUUGUGCUGUACGGCGUGGGGAAACAGCGUGACGAGGCCCGCCACACCAUCAAGAGAAUCACCAAAGACAUCCUGAAAGUGCUGAACCGGAAGAGCACCGCGGAGACCGGAGGGGAGGAAGGCCAAAAGAGGAAGAGGAGUCGACCGGAAGCCUUCCCCACGGCAGAGGACAUCUUCUCCAAAUUCCAGCACCUCUCCCACUUUGACCAACACCAGGUCACCUCUCAGGUGUCCAGGAAUGUUCUGGAACAAAUCACCAGCUUUGCCUUAGGAAUGGUCUACCACCUACCCCUGGUUCAACACAUCCAGUUUAUCUUCGACCUCAUGGAGUACUCCCUCAAUAUCAGUGGCCUCAUUGACUUCGCAAUUCAGCUGCUGAACGAGCUGAGCCUGGUGGAGGCGGAGCUGCUGCUCAAGUCGUCCAGCCUGGUGGGCAGCUACACCACGGGGCUGUGUCUGUGCAUCGUGGCCGUGCUCCGGAGGUACCACUCCUGCCUCAUCCUCAACCCCGACCAGACGGCGCAGGUGUUCGACGGGUUGCGCAUUGUGGUGAAGUCAGGUGUGAACCCAGCUGACUGCUCCUCUGCUGAGCGCUGCAUUUUGGCCUAUCUGUAUGACCUGUACACCUCCUGCAGUCAUCUGAAGAGCAAGUUUGGGGAGAUCUUCAGUGAAUUCUGUUCAAAGGUGAAGAACUCGAUCUACUGCAACAUCGACCCGUCUGAUUCCAACAUGCUGUGGGACCCCAUGUUUAUGAUGGAAACCAUAGCCAACCCCUCCGCCCACAACUUCAACCACUCUAUGGUUGGGAAGAUCCUCAACGACAGUCCGGCCAACCGCUAUAGCUUUGUGUGCAACGUGUUGAUGGAUGUGUGUGUGGACCACCGUGACCCCGAGAGGGUAAACGACAUCGGGAUCCUGUGUGCAGAGCUGACAGCGUACUGCCGCUCUCUGAGCGCUGAGUGGCUGGGCGUGCUCAAGGCCCUCUGCUGCUCCUCCAACAACGGCAACUGCGGCUUCAACGACCUGCUGUGCAAUGUGGAUGUGAGUGACCUUUCUUUCCACGACUCCCUGGCGACCUUUGUUGCCAUCCUCAUUGCCCGCCAGUGUCUUCUCCUAGAGGAUCUGGUUCGUUGUGUCGCAAUCCCAUCUCUCCUAAACGCAGCCUGCAGCGAGCAGGACUCCGAACCCGGAGCCAGACUCACCUGCAGGAUACUGCUGCACCUGUUCAAGACCCCUCAGCGAAACCCCUGCCCUCAGGAUGGGACCAAGUCAGAUAAAGCUUCCGUUGGGAUCCGAUCGUCAUGUGAUCGCCAUCUGCUGGCCGCCUCGCAGAAUAGCAUUGUCGUUGGUGCCGUCUUUGCUGUCCUGAAGGCCGUCUUUAUGCUCGGAGAUGCAGAACUAAAGGGCUCAGGAUUCUCCCACCCAGCCGGGCUGGAGGACAUCGCGGAGGACGACAUGGGCUCCAAAAAGCCCGGGGGGCGCACGGUCUCCAUAGAAACGGCCAGCUUAGACGUGUACGCCAAGUACGUGCUGAAGAGCAUCUGUCAGCAGGAGUGGGUCGGGGAGCGCUGUCUGAAGUCCCUCUCGGAGGACAGCAGCGCCCUGCAGGACCCUGUGCUGGUCAACAUCCAGGCGCAGAGGCUCCUGCAGCUCAUCUGCUACCCCCACCGGCAGCUGGACAGCGAGGAGGGCGACAACCCCCAGAGGCAGCGCAUUAAGCGCAUCCUCCAGAACUUGGAUCAGUGGACCAUGAGGCAGUCCUCUCUUGAGCUUCAGCUGAUGAUCAAACAGAGCACAAACAAUGAGCUUAACUCCCUGCUGGAGAACAUCGCCAAGGCAACAAUCGAGGUGUUCCAGAAGUCAGCGGAGAUGAACUCCAGUAACCCCUCAGGGAAUGGGUCGACGGGGUCCAGCAGCAUCGGGAGUUCUGUCUCCAAUAGCAACAACGCCAGCAAGCUGAAGCCCGUGCUCAGCUCGUCCGAGCGCUCGGGGGUGUGGCUGGUGGCCCCCCUGAUCGCCAAGCUGCAAACGUCAGUGCAGGGCCACGUGCUGAAGGCAGCCGGGGAGGAGCUGGAGAAAGGCCAGCACCUGGGGUCCUCGUCCCGCAAGGAGAGGGACCGGCAGAAACAAAAGAGCAUGUCACUCCUGAGCCAGCAGCCCUUCCUGUCCCUGGUACUGACCUGUCUAAAGGGGCAGGAUGAACAGCGAGAGGGUCUCCUCACCUCUCUCUACAGCCAGGUGCAGCAGAUUGUCACCAACUGGCGUGAGGACCAGUACCAGGAUGACUGCAAGGCCAAGCAGAUGAUGCACGAAGCCCUGAAGUUACGGCUCAACCUGGUGGGCGGUAUGUUUGACACAGUGCAGCGCAGCACUCAGCAGACCACUGAGUGGGCGGUGCUUCUGCUCGACAUCAUCAGCAGCGGCACAGUGGACAUGCAGUCCAACAAUGAGCUGUUCACCACUGUCCUGGACAUGCUGAGCGUGCUCAUUAACGGCACGCUGGCCGCUGAUAUGUCCAGCAUCUCGCAGGGCAGCAUGGAGGAGAACAAGAGGGCCUACAUGAACCUGGUCAAGAAGCUCAGGAAAGAACUGGGUGACCGCCAGUCGGAGAGCCUGGAGAAAGUGCGGCAGCUGCUGCCCCUCCCCAAACAGACCCGUGAUGUCAUCACCUGCGAGCCCCAGGGCUCGCUCAUUGACACCAAGGGCAACAAGAUCGCCGGCUUCGAGAAGGAGGGGCUCCAAGUUUCGACAAAGCAGAAGAUCUCGCCAUGGGAUGUAUUUGAGGGGCUCAAGCACUCCGCCCCUCUGUCCUGGGGCUGGUUCGGGACGGUGCGCGUGGACCGCAAGGUCACCAAAUUCGAGGAGCAGCAGCGCCUCCUGCUGUACCACACCCACAUGAAGCCCAAACCGCGAAGCUACUAUCUGGAGCCACUGCCUCUCCCACCCGAAGAGGAAGAGCCGCCUACCCCUGUGUCCCAGGAGCCUGAGAAGAAGCUGGUGGAGGCGGUCAAGCCAGAGAAAAGUGCACCUGCCGUCACCACAGAACCCAGUAAGAAGAAGUCGAGCAAGAAGAAGAGGCCCCAGUCCACCAGCAAGACAGAGGAGUACGUGCCCAGCACACAGAGGGGAGUGCCCUAUGGGGCAGGGAUGCCCCCUGACCUUGUGCUUACACAGCCGGGACUCCAGUUCAACAGGAUGUACAGCCAACAGCCUAUCAGCCUAUAUGCCCAGAACCAGCCACUGCCCGCAGGUGGUCCCCGGCUGGACACCCCGUACCGGCCGACCCGCAGCAUCUCCAUCGGCAAGCUCAUGCCCACCCGUCCUGCCUACCAGGGCAUGAUGCCCGCCAUGUCGGGUGGUAUGCCGAGCAUGAUGGGACUGGACAAGCAGCAGUACCAAAUGGGGGGCUACAAGCCGCAGCCUACCAUACCACAAGGUCAGAUACUGCGGCAGCAGCUCCAUGCGAGACUGAGCCAGGCCAUGGGACAGCCAAUGAGACAGAUAACGCCCAACCCACAGUAUGGAUCCAUGCAGCCCUCACAGGCAAGUGGCUAUACCCCGUAUGCCUCGCACAUGGGGAUGCAGCCGCACCCCGCCCAGACUGGUGGGAUAGUCCCCCCCGCGUACGCCAACCAGAGCUUCCAGGGCUCGCACCCUGGCACCAACCCCCCCAUGGUGGACCCCCUGAGGCAGAUGCAGCAGAGGCCCAGCGGAUACGUGCACCAGCAGGCCCCUGGUUACGUGCACAGCAUGCAGAGCACGCAGAGGUUCGCUCACCAGCCCAUCCAGCAGCCGCCCAUCAUGUCCGGGAUGGGACACAUGGGGGGCCAGGGCGUGCACCCCGCGAUGAGGCCCAACCAGAUGCUGGCUGAGCAGCAGCAGCAACAGCAGCAGCAGCAGCAGCAAACGCAGCAGCAGCAGCAGCAGCAGUUCCUGAGACAGCAGGCCCUGAGGGCAGGCCACAUGCAGCAGGCCCAGCAACAGCAGCAAGUCCAGCAGCAGCAACAGGUCCAGCAACAGCAGCAGGUUCAACAGCAACAGCAGGUCCAGCAGCAGCAGCAGGUUCAACAGCAGCAGGUGCAGCAGCAACAGCAGGUGCAGCAGCAGCAGGUGGCCGCGGCCCAGCCCCCUCCCACGCAGGCUCAGCCCCAGGCCCUGGGCAUGCAGCCGCUGCCCCCCCAGCAGCCCAUGUUCCCUCGGCAGGGCAUGCAGCAGACUCAGCAGCAGCAGCAGACAGCAGCUCUGGUCAGACAACUCCAGCAGCAGCUCUCAAAUACACAGCCUGGACAAAACACCAACUCGUAUUACUGAGCGUGUUUAUGUAGAUGUGCGUGAGAGGGGGGAACCUGUGAGUGGGAGCACUCUGAGCCCACAUACUAGUAAGCAGUGUCAUGGGGACCCUUUUCAGGGUAACACCUUCACCCCCCGCCCUGAAUUUCCACCACCUCUGCCACUGUGGGAUGGAGCUGGAGAUACUGGCUCAGAGGACAAUAACCACCUACCGCUUAAACGUAGAUGCAGUGACCUGCUUUUGUUGCUGAAUCCUGCUGACUCCAGUUGAAAAAAUGUAUUUGUGAAAUCCAAGGGAGGGAUCUUGCUGUGAAAAUAGUGAUCAUGGAGAAAAAUGGAAGAGUUUAUGUAUAAAGAAGU